CAAGUGUAUAAGAGUAGUGUUUUGGAACUAGCUGUGUCUCAGUUGCAUUCUAGUUCGCAACAAAAAUCCAUCGUUAACUCAGUACAUCAAUUCAACAUAAUUUGAAUUAAUUGCAGAAUGAAAACACUGAGCUUCGUAUUGUUAUUAGCAGUGCUAAUAUCGUUCUGUGAUGCUGCCCAAAACGAGUUUGGUGAUAAAAAGGAAUUGCUGCGUUAUCCGAGAAAUGUAGAAGCUACCUGGAAAAAAUUUAUGGGUCGUCUCCUGAAAAACAUUAGAACUACUCGUGAAGCUGAAAAGCGCGAGUUGAAUUUAUCCAAAGAACCUUCGGCUGCCAUCGAGAAAAAGCAAGAAGAAGGCGUCGGUGUCGAAGACAAAAUUAAAACCAACGAUAGCAAAGUUAGCCUUUCCUGUGGUCCAGUUUGGGGGGGCUGUACGAUCACGGCCACUGAGAGCAACACCGAUCAUGUCGGCAACAGCAGUAGCAGCGUGGACAGUAGCCAUAACAGCAGCAACAGCAACAGCUCCAAUGGUAGUACGAGUACCUCAGGUGGAGGCGGCACUGCUACCAGCAAUAAUAGCAGCAGCAGUAGCAGUAGCAGUGGCAAAAAAAAGUGAAAUUAUGUCGAGAAAGAGUAAAGGACAUAAUUUGCAAUUUGUAACAUAACCAAUUUUUGUUAAACCUGAAAAUGUUAAAGUUUGAAUACAAGUUGUUGUAGAAUAGGUCUGUCUGGUGCAGGCUAUUCGACAAUAGAAUGGAACCAGAA